AUGUUUGUAUCUUUCCUUCGAUAUAACCGAACGAUUUGUUCAUCGAGACUUAACAACAACUCUCUCUCUGGAAUAAUUCCUCUGUCACUAUCCAACAUGACUCAGCUUGCCUUACUUGAUUUAUCAUACAACAAUCUUAGUGCUCCCGUCCCAAGUUUUGCCGCAAAGAGCUUUAAGUGCAUCGUGGGGAACCCACUGAUCUGUCCAACGGGUAAGGAACCAGACUGCAACGGAACUACACUGAUACCAAUGUCUAUGAACUUGAAUAAUACUGGAGAUGGGCAUUACCAUCAGGAAGUCUCACUAGGAAACUUGAGGAGGUUUGGUUUCAGGGAGCUUCAGAUUGCAACAAAUAAGUUCACCAGCAAGAACUUAUUGGGGAAAGGUGGCUAUGGGAAUGUAUACAAAGGUAUACUUGGAGACAACACCGUGGUUGCAGUGAAAAGGCUUAAAGAUGGGAAUGCAUUAGGAGGAGAGAUUCAGUUUCAGAUAGAAGUAGAGAUGAUCAGUUUAGCUGUCCACAGAAACCUCUUAAGACUCUAUGGCUUCUGCAUCACGCAAGCUGAGAAGCUUCUGGUUUAUCCUUACAUGUCUAACGGAAGUGUAGCAUCUAGAAUGAAAGCUAAACUGGUUCUUGAUUGGAGCAUUAGGAAGAGGAUAGCUAUAGGAGCUGUGAGAGGGCUUGUGUUUAUACAUGAGCAAUGUGAUCCCAGUAUUAUCCACAAUUAUGCCAAGGCAGCUAAUAUACUUCUUGACGUAGAGAUUAUUCACUGUUGAUUACGAAAGAGGAGCUUCGGUUUUUAAACCAUACAGUUUCAGUGGCAUAAACCCCAAGAAAAAAAUUGUCUACUCAUUUUAUGUGAUUUGAGAAUUUAGACAAUUCAUAUUGCUAAUACAUGCUUUUAUACACGAGAUUGGCUCGGUCUGCUUUGACAAAAU